CUCGUUAUUAAGGAUGACUGACACAUUCCAUGUUACAUAAUUUUCUGGAUAAAAUGGAUAAACCUCAUCAUACCGGUAACUCUAAACAUAUUGUAAGCGGCGAGAAGAAGCUUUCUGGGUUAACCACCCCGUCCUAUCACCUUGUGGCAGGUGCUCGUCAUCUUACGUUCAGGCUGUUGACAAUCAUCUACCAUAUUCUACGCUAAUUAUAACUUUCUGAUGAAAACCUCCAUUUUAGAAACGUAAAUAUUUUUCAAAUUCGAAAUUAAACAAAAUAAAUCGUAGGAUGGACUGUCAGUGUGUGAUAGUUUUUGCAGUUGUGAUUUUUCCCAGUUUUUUGAACGCACAGUUACCGGAAUUGGACCAGUGUCCGCCAGAGGACCCUAACUGUCACCCGUGGUGUAUAGAAUACGUCAACAAAUGUCGAGUGUGUCGAUGUAACAGUGAAAAGGGAUUCGACAAGCAGAGAACUGGUGGCACUAGUGAAUCUGGGAGCGGAUCUGACACAGACUAUUGGAACGGAGAAUUUGGAAGCAGUGGAGGCGAUUCCUGGUCCUCCUUGAGAGAGAAAUUGGGAUCAAACGGAGGGGAUGGGUGGGGAUCAAACGGGAACGGGGGCAAAACAAACAUAAUCAUCAUAGAGAAGGAGAAGAAACCAGAGUCUAAUAUGAUGUCAUUUCCGGGGUCGUCUUUCGCGGGGAAAUCACCAUUUCAAUUUAGUGGACUUGGACCGGCGAUGAUGAACUUUCCCCCUCGGCAGCACUCAAUUCCUGCCGGUUGUAAAACUAAAAACGUUCCCUUAGUGAGCCCCGGGGUCCCUAGGUACUGUGUCACGGGAAUCAUCAUUGACUGCCCACAUGGCUGCGUCGUCACAGACGAGUUCGGAUGCAACACGUGCCCCUGUGCACCUGCUACAAAAGCUUGGAUGCCCGUCUGUGAAAAUUCACCAGCUCCUAGGCCCCAUCCUAAACCCCAGAAUAGCUGUGUGGGAACUAAGCUGUGUAUCACUUCUUGUAAAGGAGAGGUCAAAAUAGGGGAGACUGGCCCGGACGGCUGUCAACGGUGUACGUGCAUGAAAAAAGAGAGCAAUGUCGUUUCCAUGGCAACUACAACUACACCUAAACCGACGACAAAAAACGUUAUGGAGUGCACGAAGCUGAUCGCGUGCAUGAUCAAAUGUAAGGACACCGGAUACGUCAUCGGAGACACUCAGAUAGACGGAUGUCCCAGUUGCCAAUGUAAACAAAAGUCAUCAAACAACAUUAACAACAACAACAACGACGGUGGCGGUGGGAUGCAGAGUUGGUCCGGCGGAAGUAGCGGCAAUGGAAUGACUUCCGGAAUGAAUACAGCGAGCGGAAAUGGUAUUCUCAACAAUGUUAGCGGUGGUAGUGGUUCUGGAGGGUCCAAGUGCCAAUUUCCUCUCUGUAUUGAUGGCGGGUCAGGAUCAGGAGGUGGUAACCCCAUGAUGCCGUCCGCCGGGUCCGGAUCCAGUGGAAGUUCUAGUGGAGGGUGUGCGGGACCAUUUUGUGCCAGUAUGAUGGGAGGAGGAGGUGGUGGAAUGGGAGGCGGAUCAGGUGGUGGCAUGAUGAUGGGCGGAGGCGGUGGUGGUGGAUCUUCCGGGAGUGGUGGUCCGUUUCAGUCCUCUCUGAGUUCGGCUGCAGCUGCCAGUGGAGGGAUGGGUAGCGCGAUGAAGUCUCCAUUCAUGGCAGCAGCAGGUGCCUCUACAGGAGGAGGAGGGGCGGGAGGCAACCCUAUGCAUGGUCCAAUGUUAUCAAUGGGUGCAGGGGCAGGCAAACCAACAGAAAAGGAUGUGGAAAAAACAGCGUCCAAUUCGGAGUGUUUUGGGCCAUCGUGUUCAGCGAAAAAUGGCAAAAUACACGGUCUGAUCGGAAGUUGUAUGGACAUGGAAAAAUGUAUCGCAAAUUGUGGGGGAAGUUACGUAAUAGGACCAUUGGGGCCAGACGGCUGUCAGUCAUGCACGUGCAAUCCGGAGUGACGAGAGACACUACAACAUUGAGAAGUCUACAAAGAAAAAUCCAUAAGAGUUGUGAUUGUCGAUACUCAAUUUUACAAGAAAAUAAAAUAAACUAAUCAGAUAUAUUGAUAAA